AUGACGAUGCAGGGUAAAUGGGCUGUUGGUACAAUUAAGCGCCCGAAGCAUUUCGUGGCACUCGAAGACACGGAAAGGUCGGUUUUGGAAUUUGCAGAUGCUGUCGUUGCCGACAACUUCGUUCAGGUUUUCGGUUUAGCCAUAAACACGAGCGAACAUGUGUUUCCUGGGUCGGCAUUUAUUGUGUUAUUAUUUGACAGCUUUACGCUCUCGUCGGCCUGCCGUCUUUUAAACCGCGACGGCAUGUGGAACGUCACGAGCCACUAUAAUGCCGAGGAGAACUCCAAAACAAUUACCGGCGAUAUUUACGUCACUGAUGAAAAUGGGGAAGUCGUAGCUUCUGCGCGAGGCGUACGCUUCUCGUCAGUUCAGCUCGAUAAUCUGGAUCGUGUUCUUGGCUUAACCGCUGCCAGUGGCCAAGAUAAGAGUCCAGUCAGGACUGCCGCGGAGGCACUACCCCACCCGUGGCAAAACCAAAAGUUCAACCUUAAAGUCCUAUCUUGGGCUGCGCGCAUCGUGUGCGGAACAUUGUCGCAAGAUUUACCGGCGCCACUGCAGGAGACAUGGCGCCCGAUUUAA